AUGUCUUAUCCAUAUGGCGUGCCCGCAAGAGAGAACGAAAUGUACUGGCGGGAUGGCAAAGUAUAUAUGCACGGGCAAGAAAUCCGCAAAAGCAAUGCACCAAGCGGAAGUACGAAUGCGACAGGCACUCGAAAUGACCGCGGGCUGGAUGCGGAGGCACGUUUAUAUAGACAGCAGUAUCAAUCUUUCCGAAAAACUGCAAGACCUCUCGGUCUGAGAGACUUUAUCAACGAGCCGGGUAUGUACGAUGGAGAGCCCCGGGAAUCAAUGGCGUGGCACGAUCGAGGUGCAGCCAUGGCCCAGCAUUCGAGAAACGUGUACGAAGGUGUCGUAGAUGCUCGCCGGAAUAUGGCCAACGAUUAUAUCGGAUACGAUUUGCAAAAAGGGCGCCGAGGCCAUAAGAAUCGAAUAGAAAGUUCUGAGAGCUCCGCCCGCCAUAUGCUCAGAAAGGAAACGCUCCAUCGAACAACCCAUGGCAGGCGGCCCUAA